CUGAGGUUUUAGGGUUUUUCACAGCGUGCAUCUCUCUAUCUCUCUUCAAAGCUCGAGAAUUCGGAGGGUUUUAUCGGAAAUCAAAAACGGACAUGGAUCCUUCAGUCAUGCAAAACCCUGAGAUGGCCAACUUCAUCAAUCAAGAGCAGCAAAGAGCGAUGAUCAAUGAGAUGGUGGGAAAGCUUACAAGUGCAUGCUGGGACAAGUGCAUCACCUCUGCUCCAGGGAGCAAGUUCAGUUCCAGUGAAUCAGCUUGCCUCUCGAACUGUGCCCGACGAUAUUUGGAUAUGAGUAUGAUUAUUAUGAAGCGUUUCCAGAACAUGCAAUGAAGAACCAGAAAUUUGAUGUGCCUACUGGUGUGAUUGUUACGAUAUUUGCUUCUGGUGUUAGUUAUUUACAUGUUGAAAAUGUUCUGCAAUCUGCAGACAGAUUUCCCUCUCAUUUUUUUACUUGGGACUACUGCAUCUGAUGUUUUCCAGCACCAGCAGUCUCACCAAAAAGAAAUCUUAUUGGAUAUUUAUUAUUCUGAUGGACAAAUUACUUGUAUCUCCACGAACUCCUAUCUAAUUUAUCGGCCUACUUGCUCUGCA